UAUUGGCCAUAUGAAUACAUACAAUUUGUGCCUGUGUGCUACACUACGCCAGGCAAUAAUGGGGCAGCAGAUACUGAAUGUCCGUCUUUGUCUGGCGAGGCUGGAUUUUAUCCGAAUCAGUCAAGUUUGUAUUAUCAUGAAGUAAAGAAGCCUGUGGGACAAAACGGUUCACACAGAAAGGCUAUAAAAUGCCCAUCCACUCAUCACAUUUAUGACAGUUUUAUUCCGCCCUUGGUCAUCGCCUCAGUUCUGUCGAGAUUUCAGAUAAAGUCAUAAACUAAACACGCACCAGAUAAAAAGAGAAAGCAGGAGAAAAAUAUGGGGAAAGCUUAUUGCCCACCUUUUGCAAAAGACCAGCUCGAAUUUACGAUCCAUGUUUUAGACGAGUUUGACAUAAGCCGAAGCGUAAGUCCGGACGAUGAGGACGAGGUGGAAGAAUUGCCUGUCGUGAAGGACGACGUGAUAUCAGAAUUAGUCGACAUUCCUUCAAACCGUGAAGGUGGAGAAAGUCGGACCUCGUCUUCAUCCCCAGAUUCCAACAUGUGCGAUGAACACUUGGCCAAACUGAAGACAACUUUGGAAGAGCGGACGACGACAGGUGAUCUGCUCCAGGAUCUCAAAGCCAUGAAGGAAGAAGCCUGGGCUAAAAGGAAAGCGAGGAAGAUGAGACGAGACAUGAAAAAGGUUCAGUUUCAGGACGAAGAUAACAACGGAGGAACUUCACCAUUUUGUCGGAGUUGCUGCACCGGAAGGAAAAAUUAUGUCCCGUUGUCAAUUCUCAUGAAAAGCAGUAGCAAUCACCAGAUUGGGGUAAAGAGAGAAAGUGAGACGAGCAGUACUUCCGGAGAAAGCACGAUUAGUAGUACGAGUAGUACUGACUUUCUCGGUGGAGCGAGGAAAGGGGUUUUUGCAGAUUUUUUUAAUAAUUUGUAUGCUUUUCUGAACUUUCACCAGGUUUUUACAGAUUUUUGCCAAUUUUUUGCUAAUUUUUAUGCUUUUCUGAACUUUCACCAAGUUUGUGCAGAUUGUUUGCUAAUUUUUGAACUUUCACUAGGUUUUCCCACCGACGCCUCGAUCUUAUCGCCCAAUCGCGCACAUCCAUUCGAUCAACAUGUUCGAAAAUAUAAUUCCUCGCAAAAUUAUGGACAGGACGAAAUCCUCGGAGAAAACUUUUGUCCCGUUUAACACCCCGAUUGCCAAAAUGCUUGCGGAUAUUGCUUAAUAAUAUUUAAUGUAAUUCGUGAAAUAAAUAAAAUUUU